CUGGCAUCGAUCGCUCGCGCCACCAGGCUGACUCUCUAUCACAGUAUAGCCUCUACUUUGAGCUUCUGCGCAGCAAGCUCAGCCAAUACGAUAUUGAGCCUCAUAAUAUAUAUAAUAUGGAUGAGAAGGGCUGUAUGCUAGAAAUACUUACUCGCUCAAAGCGGGUGUUCAGCAGGAGGCUAUAUGAGGAGGGGAAGAUUAAGGCUCACAUCCAGGAUGGCAAUCGGGAGUGGAUAACGCUGCUGGCCUGUAUAUGUGCUGAUGGAUCAGCCCUUGCGCCUGCGCUGAUAUAUCAAUCAGCCUCAGGCUUAAUACAAGACACCUGGCUACAGGCUCUAAGGCCAGAGGAUCGAGUGUAUAUAUCCUCCUCACCUUCUGGCUGGACGAACAACGAUAUAGGACUAUCCUGGCUUAAACAAGUGUUUAAUCGAUCUACAAAGGAGAAGGCAGGGCGGAGCUA